UUGUGUUCUCCAGUGCUUCGGACUCAUAGUAUGAACGUUAGGUGUUCCUUCUCCCAGCUGUUUUGUAUGGAAAACCAGAGGGAUCAAGCCAUGCUAGCCACUGACAUCUUCGAACAGUGGGAUGUCUUUAGAGAAGCUUGAUCUUGGAGCCUGGGUGUGAGACCUUACAAAGCCAGAUUCGGCAGAGUUCCUCUAUCUCAUCUUGUUACUGGUUGAAGGUGUUCCUUUGUCCAGUUUUUCUCCAUCUUCUGGGAGGUAGAACAUCAGCAUCAUGGUUGGGUUCAAGGCUACAGACAUACCCCCUACUACCACUGUGAAGUUCCUGGGAGCUGGCACAGCAGCCUGUAUUGCAGAUCUCAUCACCUUCCCUCUGGAUACCGCUAAAGUCCGGCUGCAGAUCCAAGGAGAAAGCCAGGGGGCAGUGAGGGUUGCAGCCAGCGCCCGGUACCACGGCGUGCUGGGCACCAUCAUGACCAUGGUGCGCACUGAGGGCCCCUGCAGCCUCUACAAUGGGUUGGUUGCCGGCCUGCAGCGCCAGAUGAGCUUUGCGUCUGUCCGCAUUGGACUCUACGACUCCGUCAAGCAGUUUUAUACCAAGGGCUCUGAGAGUGCUGGCAUUGGGAGUCGCCUCCUGGCUGGCAGCACCACAGGAGCCAUGGCUGUGGCUGUAGCCCAGCCCACUGAUGUGGUAAAGGUCCGGUUCCAAGCUCAGGCCCGGGCUGGAGGUGGCCGGAGGUACCAAAGCACUGUGGAAGCCUACAAGAUUAUUGCCCGAGAGGAAGGGUUCCGGGGCCUGUGGAAAGGAACCUCUCCCAACAUUGCUCGCAAUGCCAUUGUCAACUGUGCAGAGCUGGUGAGCUAUGACCUCAUCAAGGAUGCCCUGCUGAAGGCUCACCUCAUGACGGAUGACCUCCCUUGCCACUUCACUUCUGCUUUCGGGGCGGGCUUCUGUACCACCGUCAUCGCCUCCCCUGUCGACGUAGUCAAGACGAGAUACAUGAACUCUGCCCUGGGCCAGUACAGCAGUGCCGGCCACUGUGCCCUUACCAUGCUCCAGAAGGAGGGUCCCCGAGCCUUCUACAAAGGGUUCAUGCCCUCCUUUCUCCGCUUGGGUUCCUGGAACGUGGUGAUGUUCGUUACCUACGAGCAGCUGAAACGGGCCCUCAUGGCCGCCCACGUUUCCCGGGAGGCUCCUAUUUGAACCUGUCCUGCUGACCUGACCAGCUCUGGCUUUGACUUAGGCUUCUGCCAAUCCCUGCUACCUUUACCCUCCUUCCAGCACCUCCUUCCUUUCCUCCAUACCUCUCCCUUCUGUAAUCCUUUUCUAUCACUUCCCUUUCCCACAUUCUCACCCCUUCUCCCUUCCUCAUCUAACCGUACCUCUUGGUCCUGGUGGACCCUGGUUGAUACUCUGGGAGGCCUGGGAUCAACCAGGAUCUCAAGCCAUCAUCCCUUGAAAAGUUCAGCCAAAUCUUCCUCCUGCCCUUGAUGCAAAUAAAGCAAGCUUGACCUUGG